AUGUCGAACGAACCGGCCUCCUCAGCAAUGGCAUCCAGUCUAUUACCGCAGAUCUUCACCUCCCUCGGCCGAUCCUCGCGACCGUGGUCCCUCGUGCGAAUCCUCAAAAGCACCAAUGCGAGAGACAUCCACGGCGAACUCCGCGGCACCGCCACCUUCAGGCCCCUGCGCGCGCCGUCCACAGAUCACCGCCCCGACGACACGGCCGACAUAGUCUAUCGCGAGGAAGGCGAGAUGCCCGCCACGCUGGGAUUGGGCGCGGGGUUGCGGUUCAGCAAGAAAUACAUCUGGCGCAUGAGCGAGGCGGGGCGCGUCAGCGUGUGGUUUGCCAAAGUGCAAAAGGCCGACGCGCAGGACGGCGACGAGGAGCCGGACUAUCUCUUCCAUGAGUUCGAGGUCAUUGCGACUGCGUCCGACUCGACGGACACUUCGCUCGUCUCGGCGCCCAUUCCACCCCCCGGCUCGGGCGCCGCUGGGGAUGCUGCCUCAACCGCGGUGGUGGAGGCCCGGGGGAAGCACCUGUGCAUCAAUGACAUGUAUCACACGGCCUAUGCAUUUCGCAUUUGCCCCGAGUCCGGAGAGGUAAUGAGCUGGUCGAGUCGACAUGUGGUGAAGGGACCCAAGAAGGACCAGGAUAUCGUGAAUCUAUACGGGCGGCAAGAGUGA